GCGGGUUCCCCCUCCACCUUUACUCGCAUGGGGAGGGGAGGAAGAUGCGCGUCGGUGGAAUAACCGGACGUUGAAUGAUUUGAUAACCAAAAAAAAAAAAAAAAAACACAAGCUGAAAGACACCUGCUCGUGUACGUGGACGAUGCCGGGAAUGAGUGAGUGACAGGCGGGAGAGGAACACAAAGCUCCGCUGCGGCUGCGGUGAUCCCAGUUUCCAUUCCCUUCCCUGAAGGUCCACGGCGAGCAUCUUUCUCCAUGUUGCAAAAAUGACAAUGGAUUACUUGCUGUGGAUGUGCAGCUUCAUUGUGCCCGUGGUGCUGGCUGUUGAAGAGACCCUUAUGGACAGUCGGUGGGCGACCACAGAGCUGGCCUGGACUACGUUCCCAGAGAGCGGGUGGGAGGAAGUUAGCGGCUACGAUGACUCCAUGAGCCCGAUCAGGACCUACCAGGUGUGUAAUGUCCGACAGCCCAACCAGAACAACUGGCUCAGGACGGACUAUAUCCCCCGCAGGGGCGUGCUGCGGGUCUACGUGGAGCUCAAGUUCUCCGUACGUGACUGCGCCAGCAUACCCAACAUCCCCGGCUCCUGUAAAGAGACGUUUAAUCUGUUUUACUACGAGUCCGAUGGGGACGCCACCACGGACACCAGCCCCCUGUGGAGGGAGAACCCUUACGUGAAAGUGGAUACCAUCGCCCCAGACGAGAGCUUCUCCCUGCUGGAAGCCGGCAGGAUCAACACCAAAGUGCGGAGCUUCGGGCCGCUCUCCAAGGCCGGCUUCUUCUUGGCCUUUCAGGACUUUGGCGCCUGCAUGUCGCUGAUCUCCGUCCGGGUCUUCUUCAAAAAGUGCUCCACCACAAUCGCUAAUUUCGCCGUCUUCCCGGAGACCGCAACCGGCGCCGAAGCAACGUCCUUAGUCAUCGCUCCGGGGGCCUGUGUGACCAAUGCCAUGGAGAUGUCCGUCCCUCUUAAGCUGUACUGCAACGGCGAUGGCGAGUGGAUGGUUCCGGUGGGGGCCUGCACCUGUGUCGCUGGUUUUGAACCCACUGCAGAUCGAACCCAAUGCCAAGGUAUGUGUGUUUUGAUAGGUGUUUUAAAUCUCUGAAUGUUUUCAACUCCUGUCGCAAGUGUUGAGCGGAUCGAUACUGUGUGGACGUUACUCAGUUGACACGU